AUGAGGGGGCCCCUCUUCUCCUGGCUGCAGCGGGAGGCAGCAAACUCUGCUGCGCCGAGCUGCUGCGUUGCAGCAAGACGCUACCUGCUGCAGCAACAGCAUCUACUGCAGCAGCAGCAUCUGCUGCAGCAGCAGCAGCAGCUAGCUGCACCGCUAGUCGGCGGUGCAGCAGCAAAACGAAGCCUCAGGCGACCCAGAGGGCCGCAGUACACAACAGCAACUGCCGCAGCAGCAGCAGAAGCAGCAGCAGCAGAAGCAGCAGCAACAGAAGUAGCAGUUCGGGGGGCAGCAACAGCUGAUUGCAGCAGCAGCAGCAGCAGCAGCAGCAGCAGCAGUAGGGAGCUUCUGGAGCAGCAGCUGCUGCACUUAAGCCUUCGUCAGACCGCGCGGGUGCUGCGAGCCACUGCAGCAAACUUUGCUGCUGCUGCUGCUCCUGCUGCUGCUGCUGCAACUGGAUGCGCGAGACCUUGCCUGUGUGCUGCAGCAGCAGCUGCUGCUGCUGCUGCUCGCGAGGACGAGGCGCCAACAGCAGCAGCUGCAGCAGCAGCUGCUGCUGCAGCAUCAGUGUCUGACGACAGCAGCUGCUGUGUUGCUGGCUCUGCUGCUGCUGCUGCUGCUGCUGCUUGUUUCUUCUCUCAGCUGGAGGAACAGUGGCAGCAGCAGCAGCAGCAGCUACUGCUGGUGCUGCAGCAAGAGGGAGGCGGCAGAUCUGCUGCUCUUGCAUGCAAUGCAUUGGCUCGUAUCACCCAAACUGCAGCAGCAUCAGUGGCCCCAGCAUGA